AGUGCUGCAGUCUAGGUGAAGGUCAGCAGGAGGAGGAGGAGGUGGGAGGAGCAGCUCAGUUUGGGAGGUGAAGGCGGUCGACCCUCAACCAAAACGUCAGACUCAAACUGUUCCAGGAGGUGCAGAAACUCAGAGACUUUUCCAGAACGUAGCGAGGUUUAAGGAAAAGCAAAGACAUUUUUAGCUGUUUUCAUAAAUGUAUAUAAACAACUGCUUCAUUUCAAGGUUGUUUAACCCUUUAACUAAAUCUUGAACAUAGUGUAACUUUUCCUUGGAUCUGAAUCUGUAACUUUGUAGCUUAACCCAAAAUAAAAAAGCAAACACAUUGCCAAAAUAUUAGCUUAACUUCAAAUUAACUCAAAAAACCUCAGUAGAUGCCAAAUUAGCCAAAAAUGCACGUCGCCAAAAUACUAUCUUAACCCAGAAUUAGCCCAAAAAAACUCAGUAGAAGCCGGAUUAACUUUUUAAAAAAAGCUAAUAUGUGCAUAAAAUAUUAGCUUAACUUCAAAUUAACUCAAAAAACCUCAGUAGAUGACAAAUUAGCCAAAAAUGCACGUUGCCAAAAUACUAGUUUAACUCAGAAUUAUCCCCAAACCUGCUGUAUGCUUGAAGUUCACUUUUUAAAUUUACUAUAUAAAUAUUUUUAAUAUAAAUUGUUCCAAUUUAGUCUGAAAAAGUAUCCAUUUAGUAUACUUCCAACACUAGAAGUACUUGGUCUGUAGCAUACUUUACUUGCUCUACUUAUACUAAGGUAUACUUAAUAAAAUUAACUUCAAUUGUACUAGUUUUAUGGGAGAAACAGGAACUUUUGUCCAAUCCAAAUAUUUUAAAUCAACCAAAAAUCCCCGAAGCCCCGCCCCUUCACGUUUGGCAUGAAGGUCCUCUGUAGAAACCAGUUCAUUCAGUCGUCUGCAGAGAAUUGGAGAUAUUCAGGUUUGAUCAUGGAGCCUGUGAAAUAAUGAAGGCAGAUGCAUUUAAAUGUUAUUAUUUUUAGUUCAUCUUUAAGGUUUAUUUAGUAAACUUUGUUUUGUGAAAGUCUCAAACCGAGACAGACCAUUCAAACGUCUGUAAACCUGUUAUUCAGUCCGGCUGUAGCUGUAGAACGUUUCAGGCGGUCGGCCUCCGACUGACUGCAGGUUGGAGUCCGGCUGUUCCUGACCACGAGGGUUUGGGUGAACCAGGACCCUCCGGUGGUCUGGUUAGCGUCUGGCAGGCCGCUCUGCCCCCUCUCCGUGUUCAUAAAGAACUUGGGUCCAUAAGGCUGAAAAGUGACAGACCAUUUUUGGACCAGAGAUGAGAGGAAAGUGAGGUCUGAAAGUCUGACUCUCUCUAGCGGGAAACUGCAUUGAUAAAGAAAUUAGGAAGUGUUUUUUUGUUUCAGUUUGCUGCCUAACCGGUUUGUGUCGGCUCAACAGGAUGUUUGCCACACUGAUAAACAUCGAUCUCUCUGACAUUUAGGUCACCCCGUGCCUGCAGCUCUGAAUGGAGGUCUGUUUCCUCCAGAGGACGGAGCGAUGGAGGUGAUCGCGCGUGAAACCAGAGCAGGUUUUGAAUAAACGGCAGGAAGAGGGAGGCGGAGCCUGUCAUGACUAACCACUGUCUGUGGUCAUCAGAGCAGAUGUUUACUCCACUGCAGUAAACUGUGUACAGAAUCUCCUCCAGAAGUCCGUUUUACAGAUUUACACCAACAUGUUAAAGAUCCGCCUCCACGAAAAAAGUGUUUUUAACGUUUCUGUCAUUUUUAUUAUGGAGGACGUCGAUAAAGAACAUUAAUGACAUCCGUAUUCAUUUAAAUCGUUUUGAAUCAGGACCAGAACAAUAAAUGCUGUUUGAAAACGAUUGUGAUGGGCGGGGCCACAAGCUUAAUGCUCCGCCCCGUCCUGAUGCAGACAAAUAGAUCCAUGAACGUCUUUGUUUUCCUGGUCUGAGCUGGAGUCUGGAUCAGAACCGUACGACUGGAUAGAAAGGAUAUUUGGGCUGUAAGCUAGUGGGAGAGAGUGAGAACAGUCCCGCCCACAACUCCUGCCGCUCUGCAGAGACUAUGUCUUAGAUAACAGCACGUUUUUUUUUUAUUUUGUCUAAAAACUGAAGUAAUAUGAUGAAAAUACCUCUGGAAAUAACUUUAAAAUAGAUCAGAAGAUGAUGGGAGGGGUUUUAAGGUGUCUAUAAAGUUCUAACUGUGAUGAAAACAAACUAAAACCUACAGGAACCUCGCCGGAGCAGAGACGGCGUCCGCGGUCUCAAAGUUCUGCUUUCAUGUUCGUCUUGACGCGGGUCAGUUUGGAGUCGAGGUUCUGUUCUGUUCAGGCUGGAGUGCUGUUCUGUUGUUUGGUUCUGCUGCUGCUUCACUAAACCACAUGUUGGUUUGUGGCUUCAGCCGCCAGCAGAAGACGAGAAGAGAUUUCUACCUUCAGGGUUCCCGUUCUCUGGAAGACAGAAGCUGGCGGUAGAACCCGACUUGGUGUUUAUUGUUAGUGGCGUUCGUCUUUGGUGGUGGUACGGCCCCCCACUCGAUGAUCAGAGACGACGUUUUGUGAAAAUCCGGUUUGUUUAGUGCAGAACCACAUGUGGUUGUUUUAUCGGCUCGCUGUGGCUCAGCUGAAGAAACAAAGUGAUAAUAAUAUGAGCUGCUCAGCUGUAUUUCAGAUGAUGGGGGAGAUGCUCGUUUGCAGGGUGAUGUCAUGUGACACCGUGUGUUAUUUUAACUUAUCUGCCUUCAUGUUGGUAAAAACCAAUAGUGAGACGGGUUGUAAAGGUAGAGCGUGUGUUGGGUACAGAACUGAUCUUAUAGAGUUUGAAUGGCGGCGGUUUGAUGAGGAAGUGGCUGCUGCUAUAGAAGCAACAAGCAGAAGGAAGCCGAGAGUGUGUCUGGAGAUCGAAUAGAGAAGAAGGACAAAUGUCUCAAACGGGUGGAAGGACGGCUGGAUAGAGUCGGCUGCAGAGUUCUCAGGACAGAUGAGCGUUCAGGAUCCUCCGCAUCAGAGGAUUGCUGGAAAGAACGGUGCUAGAAACAUCAGUGAGGGGCUGAAAAUCCUCUAGAUGGUUCUGGAUCAGGAGAGGGGCCUGACCGACCCCCGUAGGGUCACCCAGGUGAGGGUGUCUGAAGAAACGCCCCAUGACCCUGAAGGUGCGUCCAAGCUGCACCAGAUAGGUGUCUUCUAACCAAGCGGGAAGGAGGUUUUCUCCUGGAUUUUAUGUUUUAUUCAUGUAAACAAAAUGACUUUUUUGUCUAUAUCAUAACAGAAUCAGUAACACAAACACACAGUAGAACUUUCAGAAUGAGAAAACUUUAAAGCACCACAAACCACAGAUCAUCUACGAUAAACGACCACUGUCAUUCUAGUUUGGGGUCCUUUAAACUCUGUUAGGACAGGAAGUCAAACAGUGAGUGGAAGGGGCGGAGCCUAAUUGAAGUGAGGUACUAACAAACAAUGAAUGGAAACGUGAUACGAGUAUUUGAAAUGAGGAACUUUCAAUGUUUACAAAAUGUCCCUGAGAUUAUGUUCCGCCGCCAACUCCAGAUUAUUGUCACUAUUCUUUUUUCUCUGCUUUUGAGACGAAAUUCACAAACUCACUGAAAUGAUCACAAACUCAAAAUGAUGUCUGGACGCAGUGAACGACCCCCCCCCCAGCCAACAAGGCCAGAUGUGGCCCAUAUGGUUUAAAUGUGGCCCCAAAUGGGUUUGUCUGCCCACAUUGGCUUAAGUGAGCAUUGAGUGGAUUGGCUAGGCUAACCAUCCACCCAAUGGACAGCCAGCCUCUCUAGCUUGAAACAGCGAAGCUCGUUAGCAUGCUACCCCUUCCCCUGGGACGCCGGUUAGCAUAGCUAGCUAACCCACUGAGUUCUUACAUAAGCCGAUGUGGGCGAACACCGGUGGGGUCACCAUGGAAACUGUGGACAAACCCAUUUGAGGUUCCACGUUUUCUGCCCACCUUUACACCACAUGAGGCCCAUCUGGCUGAACUCCACCAAAAAAUGAUGACAUCAUAGCAGGAGAAACCUUUAAAAAAUGAACGAGUAAACACAUUUUCUGUAAACCUCAAAAAUAUAUUUUAAAAUUACACUAAUGAAACCAAAACCCACGUGUUAAAGAAAUGUUUUGAUGUUUUCUUUGACUCUCUUCACUCACCAAACAGUAAAUAAUUGAUCGAUUCUAGAGAAAACUCGUCUCAGUCAGAAGGAGGUCUUUGAUGUGAACUUCUGACAUCACUAAUAAUGAAACUUUACGUCUCACUUUUUCCUCUAAGAUGUAAGAUUGUCAUCAAUAUUCUCGUCUAUCAGCACAUUUCUGAAAAUAGUUUCAGGAUGUUUCUCUUCACUUUGAUCUUUUCUAGAGUAGUUUCCUGUGCAGCUUAAAUGACUGAACAGCUGACAGAAAAAUCCCCAGAUAUGUCAGACACGACCUGAUGUGGAGUCCCACAAAAACACAACGUAAAGGAGAACUGAAACGUGACAUUUUGUCUGGCAUGAUCGUGGCGCCGCGUCAUUUGUCAGGCCAGCCGAAACCUGAGAGAAGAAAGAAUGAAAGAGGAAGAAAGAGGAGGAGUCAGAGGGCGGCAGAGAUCAGGGUUUGGAGGCAGACGGACGGCUUCCUCUGCCAAAGCUAUGGACUCCACUAACAGCAGGCUUCUUCAGAUCUGAUCCAGACUCAAAGAUGAUCGAUCGCAGCAGCAGCAGCUCCAGCAGCAGCUGCUCUCAGACGGAUGGAGACUUGGACGGAGAGCAGGACGAGGAGGUGAAGAGCGAAGAUGGGCGGAGCCAGGAGCGCCCGUCGGCGCCGAGCUUCUCUGCGUCUCUGCUCGCCGUCAUGCGCAUCAAGCAGAAGUACCAGACGCUGAAGAAGCGGCGGCUGGAGCUGGGCCUGAGCCCGGCGGCAGGUCCGCCGUUCGGGGCGCCGGAGCGCAGCAGCCCCAAAAUCUUCACCUUCGACGGCCUGACCCCGAACGCCCACGCCGCCUUCCCUCCGCCCUCCAACCCCCAGAAGAAGAAGAAGAAGAGGAGGAGGAAGGUCCUGUUCCCCACCGGGGGCCCGCGCAGAGCCGCGCCAAAGGGGGAGCGCAGCCGCGCCACCUACUGCCUCUACCUGCUCUUCGCCAUCGUCUUCCUGCAGGUCUACAACGCCAUCGAGAACCUGGACGACCACGUGCUCCGGUACGACCUGGAGGGGCUGGAGAAGACGCUGAGGAGGGAGGUGUACGGCCAGCAGGGGGCGGUGGAGGGCUUGCUGUCCCACCUGAAGGACUACCUGUCCACCUACGUGCACAACAAGCCGCUGGUGCUUUCGGUGAACGGCCCCACCGGCGUGGGCAAGAGCCACCUGGGCCGGCUGCUGGCGGGGCACUUCCGCUCGGUGGUGGGGGACGCGCUGGUGCUGCAGUACUACGUCCUCCACCACUGCCCCCUGGAGGCUGACGCCCCCCACUGCGCCCACAACCUGUCCGGCCGCAUCUCGGACACGGUGGACCGCGCCGAGGAGGAGGAGAAGAUCCCGCUCUUCGUCUUCGACGAGGCCGAGCACAUGCCGGCGGAGAUGCUGGACGCGCUGUGGACGCUGGUGACCACCCGGCAGGCCAACGAGUACAUGAACGCCAUCUACCUGUUCCUGAGCAACCUGGGCCAGGCGCACGUCACCAAGCACAUGCUGCACAACUCCUCCAGGAGCGCCGCUGCCGGCCUGGCCAAGGAGCUGGCUCCCGUCCUGCGCGGCGCCCUGGAGAAGCUCCACCCAAUGUGGGCAGAGGCUGAGCUGGUGCCUCUGGGCCUGCUGGAGAAGAGUCACGUGAUGGAGUGCUUCCUGGAGGAGAUGACCCGCGAGGGAUUCUACCCGGACCGCGCCAACAUCGAGCGGCUGGCGGAGGAGAUCGAGUACUUCCCCGCCGUCGGCGGACACGAGUUUUCCCAGACGGGCUGCAAGCAGGUGGUGGCGAAGGUCAACCUGCUGUGAGGGCGGGAAACUGGCUCUAUGAAGGAGGGGGAGGGGCUUGAAGGACCAAGUGGAGCCACGAGAGCACAAGCUCGAUUCCCAAACCCCGUUCUGUCAGGAAGAACCAAACCACGGUUCAAAUCCCGGACGGUCGCACGGCCCUGAUCAAGCCAUCUGUACCGUACCCGAGUACACUUCAGAACCCGGUUAGGCUGACCAGAACCGGAUCUGUGGACCUCUCUGUGGUUUUGAGACGGAUUCUUCUCCGUUUUGGUUUGACAGUUUGGCUCCGGUAACCGGAACAUUUCAGGAAUCCUGGGAGUCGUGUCUGCAGCUCCGGUCCGGACCUCUGGGUUCUGAAGGACUCAAUCUGGCAGCUCAACCGGACGUUCAAAGCUGGACUGAAGGACGCGUUCGGGUUCUGACGGGAUGGAAGGAAACUCCAGACCAUCCUGAGGACCUCCAGCGGGUCCCGAUGGAGCCGGCUCGUUCAGACAUUUCUCUCCUUUAUUUAUUGAUGAAGGUUUCUGGAGUCGUUCUGUUGGUUUCAAAGUGUCUGAAUCCAUUAAAGACUCUGGAUCCUCUGCAGUGUUUGAUUGGACGCUGUUACGAUCUCAACCCAGAAGAAUAAAGAUCUCCAGACCGGUC